CACUGGAGCUAGUGCGUAAAGUUCUUCCGCUAGAACAACUAGGUCCCCAGGAAAAUGAAACAACUAUUUCUGCAAAGUUGUAAGGACAUUUUUAUUAAUUACAGUAUUCAAUAUGACGCAUUUGAGAGUGAUGAAUACUAAGGUUUUAAAAUGUACGCGUAAAAUAUACUGCUAAAACAUGGUGGAUUAAUACAGGACCGUGGCACAGUGACACAGCUGCGUAGGGAGUUAUAGGAAAAAGGCAGACUGAAAAUUGGACAUUGCAUGCAUAUGUUUAUACUACAGUUUAAGAGACGCUCAAAAUAUUUAGAAAAAUGCCAGGAAUGAUGGAUAAAGGGUCGGAAUACUUGGGCAAAGGUCGCUCGAAUGGAACGAAAAGUCCGUCGAAUGCAUCGAAUGGGCAUUUUUCUGAUGAGAGUGGCAGUGACGACGAGCACGAUGUCGGAAUGCGUGUGGGAACCGAUUAUCAAGCCAAUAUUCCAGAAUAUGAUCCAGGUUCUACAAAGUACACUGAUAAAGAUAACGGGGGAAUGCUGGUAUGGUCUCCAUAUCAUGCAAUUGUGGACUCCAAAUUGGAUGAAUAUAUUGCCAUUGCAAAAGAGAAGCAUGGAUAUAAUGUUGAGCAGGCACUUGGGAUGCUGUUCUGGCAUAAGCACAAUAUUGAAAAGUCUCUUGCAGACUUGCCCAAUUUCACCCCCUUCCCCGAUGAGUGGACAGUUGAAGAUAAAGUUCUGUUCGAGCAAGCCUUUAGCUUCCACGGAAAAAGUUUUCAUAGGAUUCAACAAAUGUUACCGGACAAAUCCAUAUCCAGUCUUGUGAAGUAUUACUACUCUUGGAAGAAGACCCGGUCCAGGACCAGCUUAAUGGAUCGCCAGGCAAGAAAGCUAGCAAACAGAAACAACCAAGAUGAGAGUGAUGAGGAGAUGGAGGAAGCCAACCCUGUGGAAGCAAAUGAUAGCGAUUAUGACCCAACUAAAGAAACAAAGAAAGAGAGCCACUCGGAGCCCCAGACGCUGAGUUCCAAAAUAGGGAUUGGCCGGCGGGAGCACCAAACUUUGCAGCACCGCCACCACUCACAACGGUCCAAGUGCCGCCCGCCCAAAGGCAUGUACCUGACCCAGGAGGACGUGGUGGCUGUGUCCUGCAGCUCCAGUGCUGCCAACACGGUCCUCCGGCAGCUAGACAUGGAGCUGGUGUCACUUAAGAGACAGGUUCAAAAUGCAAAGCAGCUGAACAGUGGUCUGAAACAAAGGAUGGAGGCAGGUAUUGUUGACCUCAGGUUGCCAGAGUGCAAUCAGAAAGUCAACGCCCGCUGGACAACUGAUGAACAGCUUUUGGCUGUUCAAGGGGUUCGGAAAUACGGCAAAGACUUCCAGGCCAUUGCAGACGUUAUCGGUAAUAAGACCGUGGGCCAGGUGAAGAACUUCUUUGUAAACUACCGUCGUCGCUUUAACCUGGAGGAAGUGCUGCAAGAGUGGGAGGCGGAGCAGGGAACUCGUCCUCCCAAUGGCGAUGCUGCCACAUCUGGCGAGGAGGGGAAGACCAGCUCCAACACUCCUUCUGGGAAGAGUACGGAUGAAGAAGAGGAGGAGGGUCAAGUGAUGCCCUCUUCAGGCCCCUCCCCUGUAGCCCCAUCAGCAGUGACAACUCCGACCCUGGUGACCUCCACAGCCUCACUCAACCAGCCCCCGCCUCUCCUACGUCCCUCACUUCCGGCAACUCCAGCCCUCCACAGGCAGCCCCCACCUCUCCAGCAGCAGGCCCGCUUCCUCCAGCCCAGGCCCACCCUCAAUCAGCCUCCCCCCCUUAUCCGGCCCUCCAACCCCUUGCCCCCACGCCUUAACCCACGACCGGCAGCACCGGCACCCCCUACCACAUUAGUGGGAACAAGCCCAGGCUCCGCCCAACAGCUGCCUAAUUUGGUGGGUAUCCAGUCGGAGGCCACCUCCUCGUCAUCGCUUCACUGAGCAUGCUGUAGAUUUUUCAAGUAAAGAGUGUGAAGUCACCCGUCAUAGUUUUUUGGGGGGAGGCCAAUGAUUUGUUAUGCUUGCAGCGGCCAGGGGCGGACUGGGGUAAAAAAGUGGCCCGGAAAUUACUGUCACUGACCAGCCCACUCAGUACACGGCGCACGACCGACUCAAUACACGGCGCAUUGCCCACUCAAUACAUCGCACGUAUGGACCAGUCAUUGGCCUACUUGAAAAAAUACCCAUACACUUACCAUUAUUUUGGAUGAUUACAAAUAAAUUACAUCAUAUAUGUUUAAUUUCCGAAGUCCGUAAGAACACAUUUCAGAAGACACUUCAGAAAUAUUUCCAAAAACAGGCACCAUGAGUGUUGAAUACAGAUCGCGAGGAGGAGUAUAAAGCUCCGUCAGCGAUGGUGUACUAUUAAGGUCUUAGAGCAAUUUAUAAGUAGGAGGUGCUGUCGAUGUCAGAGGGAAGGCCGGUUAGUGAUGGCAGUGGGCUGGUAUUUGGGACCAUCCCAACCACGUCGGCCCACCGGGGAUUCUCCCGGUAUCCCCGAUGGCCAGUCCGCCCCUGGCAGCGGCUAUAAGGAGAAUAUUAAGGUGAAUAUUAAUGAGAUGUAAAAACCUUGUGGGAUAAUUAUGUAUAGUAGGAUAGCCAUCCUGUCUCUGCAAUGUUUUAUUUAUUAAAAAAUUAUGUGUUUGCAUGUAUAGUAAGACAUUUAAGAGUUGAAUUGUACAACGCUGACUAAACUUAAUGGAUUUGCAAAUUGCAAAUGGAAAAUACAUUAAAUAUAUAAUUGAAAGCACUAAGAAGGUGUAAGUAUCACAAACAAAUGUUCUCAACUGUCGAUAGUGUCAACACUCUUGCGCUUGUUUCUUUUAUUAUUACACUGAUACAUUUUUUUAAAACUAAUUUUGUGUCUUAUCCCAUUAUUUAUUUUUCUACUUGGUGCUAUGAACUCCACUGGUUCUUGCCUGUGUUCAGUGUAAUAAACCUGUGUAAGUGCUCUUAUGCUUACUUCUCUUGUGAGAAAACAGUGUUAUUACAUGAAUUAAAACUCAAUGAAACAUGGAUUAAAAACCACAACGUUACUUUA